AUCUCUCUUCUCCAUACUUCACGCUCCACUCAUUCCACUGAAUCACCAUGGCCUCCCUUCUUCGCAUCACUGCGCGACGCGCCCCUGCUAGGCUCGGCCGAGCUGCAUCUGUUGUCCCCAACCAGAUUCGCCACUUGACUACCUCGCCCAUCGAUCCCUCCACGGGACUCACAGACGAUCAGAUGGAGCUCCAGAGUUUGGCCCGCGCAUUUGCGGAUAAAGAAUUUGCGCCCAAGAUGCAGGAGUGGGACGAGAACCAACAUUUCCCCAUCGAUGUCCUUCGGAAGGGUGCUGAGCUCGGUUUCGGUGGCCUUUACACUCGCGAAGACGUUGGUGGCUCUGGCCUCGGGCGUUUGGAGACCUCUGUGAUCUUCGAGGCGCUGUCGACUGGCGACGUCUCUACUACCGCUUACAUCAGUAUUCAUAACAUGUGCACAUGGAUGAUCGAUGUCUUUGGAUCUGAAGAGCAGCGUCAAAAAUACCUGCCCAAGUUGACCAGCAUGGAGCAUUUUGCCUCUUACUGCCUGACUGAGCCUGGCGCUGGAUCUGAUGCCGCUGGUCUUUCUACCACUGCUGUCAAGAAGGGAUCCCACUAUGUCCUCAAUGGAAGCAAGGCCUUCAUCUCCGGUGGAGGCUCCUCCGAUGUCUAUUUGAUCAUGGCCCGCACUGGCGGCCCUGGUCCAAAGGGCAUCUCCUGUUUCAUUGUUGAGAAGGGAUUCAAGGGUUUAAGCUUCGGCAAGAAGGAGAACAAGUUGGGAUGGAACUCGCAGCCCACUAGAGCCGUUAUCAUGGAGGACUGCGAAGUGCCAGCUGAGAACUUGGUUGCCUCCGAAGGUCAGGGAUUCUCUAUUGCCAUGAAGGGUCUCAACGGAGGUCGUAUCAACAUUGGAUCGUGCAGUUUGGGAGCCGCCCAGGCUUCGUUGGAGCUCGCUAUCGAGCACGUCAAAGUCCGCAAGCAGUUCAAUCAACCCUUGGCUAACUUCCAGAACACCCAGUUCAAGCUCGCGGAUAUGGCAACUAGUUUGCUGUCGUCAAGACUGAUGAUCCGUCAGGCCGCCACGAUGCUGGACCAGAACCACCCCAGCAUAGCUAGCUUUGCUGCCAUGGCCAAAUUGCAUGCUACAGAUGAAUGCUUCAAGAUCUGCGACGACAGCUUGCAGCUACACGGUGGAUACGGGUACUUGAAGGACUAUAAGGUGAACGUCUUCCUCCGCGAUUCUCGUGUUCACCGUAUCCUCGAGGGCACCAACGAGGUAAUGCGUAUGGUCACCUCCCGAGCUCUCUUGUCCGAGUAGAAAAAUAAAGUAUCGCGUUCAGACAUACAAAUCUACAAUAUAGGCAAAGUUUGUUCAAGCAGGAUAGAUCUCUUAUAUCUGUUGUUUCCUUCGGAAGCACUAGUGGC